AUGACAGUUUUCAGGCAAGAAUCUUCUCUCCAAAAUGGCCAAAUUUCAACCCGAAUGGUCGGUAAUUCUCAAUCUUCCAGCUUACCUGCCAGACAUGAUGAAAUGAACAACAGCGUAUCAAGACCGAAUAAUCAUUUUGUCAAAUCAGAUACGAAUAGUGGUGAACAUUCUAAAAACAAUUCACCUGUCUUUACG